AAGUUUUUUUAUAUAUGUCUACUUCCACUCAUCAAAACGUAGAUAGCGCUGUAGCCGGUGUCUCUGUUUUAGCACCUGUUAGCCGAGAUCAAGCUCAAAUCUUAUCUCCUGAAGCCCUUCAAUUCCUGGCUACUUUACAACGAAGUUUUAAUCCUACCCGUAAAACCUUAUUACAGAAACGCAAUUUGCGUCAGCAAGAACUGGAUCGCGGUAUCUUGCCUGAUUUUUUACCAGAAACUGCUCAUAUCCGUAGUGAUCCCAAUUGGCGUGCCGCUAAACCUGCUCCUGGACUUCAAGAUCGUCGUGUUGAAAUCACGGGUCCAGUGGACCGUAAAAUGGUCAUCAAUGCUUUAAAUUCGGGUGCAAAGACUUACAUGGCUGAUUUUGAAGAUUCCACCGCACCUACUUGGGAUAAUGUAUUAAAUGGUCAAAUCAAUCUUCGUGAUGCUGUAAAGGGCACUAUCUCUUUUACCAAUCCUGCUGGUAAAAAAUACGAAUUAAACAAACAAACAGCCACAUUGAUUGUCAGACCAAGAGGUUGGCAUAUGGUUGAAAAACAUGUCCUUGUUGAUGGUGAACCCAUGUCUGCUUCUAUUUUUGAUUUUGGCCUGUUCUUUUUCCAUAAUGCUAAAGCUCAAAUCAACAAUGGUUUUGGCCCUUAUUUCUAUCUUCCCAAGAUGGAAUCUCAUUUGGAAGCAAGAUUAUGGAAUGAUGUAUUUAAUACGGCUCAAGACAUGCUUCAUAUUCCUCGAGGUACAAUCCGCGGCACUGUCUUGAUUGAAACCAUUCUUGCCGCAUUUGAAAUGGACGAAAUCAUUUAUGAAUUACGCGAUCAUUCAGCCGGUCUGAACUGUGGUCGUUGGGAUUAUAUCUUCUCAUUCAUCAAGAAGCUGCGUCAACAUCCUCAGUUUAUCUUGCCUGAUCGUACCGACGUGACCAUGACCGUUCCCUUUAUGAGUGCCUAUGUGAAUUUGCUGAUUCAAACAUGCCAUAAGCGUGGUGUACAUGCCAUGGGUGGUAUGGCUGCUCAAAUCCCUAUCAAAAGUGAUCCCAAAGCCAAUGAGAUCGCUAUGCAAAAAGUGCGUGCUGACAAGCUACGAGAAGUGACAGCAGGCCAUGAUGGUACUUGGGUUGCUCAUCCUGAUCUAGUCAAGAUUGCCUUUGAGAUCUUUGAUCAACAUAUGCCCCAGCCCAAUCAACUGCAUGUUCGUCGAGACGACGUCUCUGUCACACAAAAGGAUUUGCUCAACAUUGACUUUAAAGGCAACAUUACAGAAGCUGGUAUUCGUGAUAAUAUCCAGAUUGGCUUGGCUUAUAUGGAAUCUUGGUUACGUGGUGUAGGUUGUGUGCCUAUUCAUCAUUUGAUGGAAGACGCCGCUACAUAUGAAAUCAGUCGUUCUCAGCUUUGGCAGUGGGCUCAUCAUAAACCCAAGACAGCAGAAGGCAUCAAAGUCACUGGGGAUUAUUGUCUCAAGAUAUUAGAAGAAGAAAUAGCCAAGAUCAAGAAAGAAUUAGGUUCAAAGUACGAAAACACAAAGUACGAAGCUGCUAAAAAAGCCUUUGCCACUAAUAUCACGGGUGAACGUUACGAUGAUUUUGUCACCACUAUGCUUUAUGAUGAUAUUCUCUCUAUCAAUUCAAAACCUCGUUUGUAAAGAAAUAAAAAAGCUAAUUAUUUAUU